AUGCCACCCAACCCUUCUUCCAUCGAGAUCCCCACUUCCUACGAAACGCUACCGACAACUCACAUCAAGCUUUCGCAUCAUCCUGUUGGAAGUGCAUCUGCAACUCCCGUCGUGAUUAUCACCCUCAAUCGCCCGGAGAAGCGCAAUGCUUUCACGUCGCAAAUGGCUGAUGACCUGGAGAGGGUCUUCGCUACGCUGGAUCUUGACGAACGUGUCAAGACCGUCGUACUGACCGGCGCUGGGCCUACUUUCUGUGCCGGAGCAGAUCUUGAGAUCGGCUUCCGCGGAGGGUCAGAGAGAGCUGGCGACCAUCGCGAUAGCGGCGGUCGAGUUGCCCUGGCUAUUCACAGAUGUCGCAAACCCACUAUUGCAGCGAUUCAAGGGUCAGCCGUCGGUGUUGGCAUGACCAUGACUCUUCCGGCUGUCAUAAGAAUCGCCCACGAGAAGAGCAAGUACGGUUUUGUGUUCGCCCGGCGUGGCAUUACCAUGGAAUCUUGUUCCUCCUACUUCCUCCCUCGGUUGAUAGGAUACUCGCGGGCCCUGUACCUCGUCUCCACAGGCGGCGUGUUUCCUGCCACAUCCCCUCACUUCAACGGCUUGUUUGCCGAGACAUUACCCGAGCAAGCGCAAAUCCUACCGCGCGCUCUCGAGUUAGCAGUCGAGAUAGCACAGAACGUCAGUCCCAUGGCGUCUGCGCUCAAUCGCGCCCUGCUGUGGAGGGGACCGGAAUCUGCUGAAGAAGCACACUUGUUGGAGUCUAGCGUCAUCUCGCAGAUGUUUGGCUCCAAGGAUCAAAUGGAAGGUGUGAAGGCCUUUUUUGAGAAGCGCAAACCCGAUUUCACGGCCACCUUGGAGGAGCAUGGGCCGGCAAAUUAUCCGUGGUGGCACGAAGUAAACAUUGAUACGAAACCAAAAGCUGUCAAGGAGGCGUCUAAAUUGUAG